CUCAGGAGAGAACAGUUGUCUCUUUUUUAUUACAUUAAACAAAAAUCUCAGAAAAAACUUACAGCUGAUUGUCCAGAUACUCAGCUGAAAAGAUUAUUUGCCGCUCGGACGAGUAGUGUCCCUACAUUCAACAUAAGAAUGGAGAAUGUAAGCAGCACGAUUGACCUAGACACAAGCAACAUCUCACAUGUUGAGGUUAAUAGUAUUCCACCUUGGUCAACUUCACCGAUCGAUGUUGACUUAAGCUUAAAGCAGUUCCGUAAAGAAACCACGCCAGACUACGUCUAUAGACAGCAUUUUGCAGAAAUUCAGGAUCGUAACAGGAAUUUAAUUCCUAUAUACACCGAUGGAUCUAAAUCGGAUAACUAUGUUGGCUUAGCCUUUGUUUGCCAGGAUGAAAUUGUGGCAGAACAAAUAGCACCAAAUUCUUCCAUCUUUUCUGCGGAGUUGCAGGCUAUUUAUUUAGCCUUAAAGUAUAUAAAUCGGAAAGGUCAUCGUUGCUGCGUGAUUUACACUAACUCAGUUAGUGCACUUCAGGCUUUGAUCUCGUAUGAACCUAGUUCUCACUCCAUAGUUACUAAAAGUCGAAAACUAAUUUGUCAUCUCACUACGAGAAAUUUUUUUGUGAAGUUCUGUUGGGUCCCAGGCCACGUGGGUAUAAGAGGUAAUGAAGAAGCUGAUACAGCCGCUAAGUCAACAAGUCCUUCACAGCAUACAAUGCGUAUUGAAGGCGGUGAUUUGAAGCUAGUCGUUAAAAAACGACUAGCAGAGAGGUGGCAAAAUGUGUGGAAUGCACAAAUCCACAAUAAACUUCACGAGAUCAACUUCACAAUAAACUUUGGUAGAAAAUUGGACACAUAA